GGAAAUGCUUUGAAUGCUUGCGACAUGGCCGCACGCAUUGAUUGCCAAGAUUGACAGCAGUUCGGCGCAGUCUUCGUCUUCUUUUUGCGCUUGUUUUCUGUGCCUGCGGAGGUGCCACCGGCGGGACACUUUCUCUCAGCAGCUCGUAAAGCGUGCGGGGUUUUGACAGUCUUAACUCGAGUGGUUGCGAUCACUUCACUUUUAGUUCGGUGUUAGAGAGCUUUCAAGUCUGUGAGGUUUUGUUACGGGAUCGGGAUACGGAGAAGAGAGGACACCGUUCACAUCGAGGAUUUUUUUGCGGAGAGAUCGUGCGGCUUUGCGCCGACAGGUUACUGCGCAUUUUUUUCUGUCGGGAUUCAGAGCCCCGCUUGCCGCAUAUGCUGCCGGUCAUUUUCAUGCAUUCAAACUCAACUUACCAGUGAUUUCUGGGAGCUGGGGAUAAAGUCGUUCUGUUUAUCAGAAUCAUGUCUUCCAAGCAAGCCACCUCUCCGUUUGCGGGUACGGACGGUGGCGAGGACGGGGCGGGUCAGGAGCGCCUGGUAUGGGAAAAGGAAGAAGGCAUGGAGACACCACUGGCAGCACCCCAGCUGCCAAUUCACAACCUGAUGCUCGGCAAGUCACACGGUGAAGAGUUACCGCUGGUGAGCAGCGGCGUGCCAUCUGAAUCUGACUGGGAAAGUCUGGUGUCGACCAAUCAGUGCAUGGAGUCAGACAGCAAUAAAGUAUGUUCCCUUUACUCCUUCCGGAAUAACUCUACCUCUCCGCACAAGCCGGAGGAGGGGGCACGGGAGCGGGGUGACCUGCUGGGCGCCUCGGCCUUCGGAACGCCUGAACGUCGCAAAGGGAGCCUGGCUGACGUGGUGGACACGCUGAAGCAGAAGAAACUGGAGGAGAUGACAAAGACAGAACAAGAUGAAUCGUCCUGCAUGGAAAAACUGCUUUCAAAAGACUGGAAAGAGAAGAUGGAGAGACUGAACACAAGUGAACUUCUGGGAGAAAUAAAAGGUACACCAGAAAGUCUGGCUGAAAAGGAAAGGCAGCUCUCAACAAUGAUCACGCAGCUGAUCAGCCUAAGAGAGCAGCUCCUCUCCGCCCACGACGAGCAGAAGAAACUGGCCGCCUCGCAGAUGGAGAAGCAGAGGCAGCAAAUGGAGCUGGCUCGACAGCAGCAAGAACAAAUCGCCAGACAGCAGCAGCAACUGCUUCAGCAGCAGCACAAAAUCAAUCUCCUUCAGCAGCAGAUUCAGCAGGUCCAGGGUCACAUGCCUCCACUCAUGAUCCCCAUUUUUCCACACGACCAGCGCACUCUGGCUGCUGCCGCCGCUGCCCAGCAGGGUUUCCUCUUCCCCCCAGGCAUGUCCUACAAACCAGGUGAUAACUACCCUGUGCAGUUCAUUCCUUCUACAAUGGCAGCUGCUGCAGCGUCAGGACUCAAUCCUCUUCAACUCCAGCAACUGUAUGCUGCCCAGCUGGCCAACAUGCAGCUCUCGCCGGGAGCCAAGAUGGUGCCUCUGCAGCAGCCGCCCAUCUUAACUGGGCAUCUUUCACCUGGCCCUAAGAGCGAGAAGAGAUCCUCUAGCCCCCUUGGUCAAAUUAAGGAGGAAGGAACGCAGCCUCUGAAUCUCUCUUCCAGGCCCAAGACAGCUGAGCCAGUGAAAUCCCCCAUGUCCCCCACACAUAGUCUAUUCCCUGGAAGCAAGAGCAGUCCUGCCAGCCUGACCAAGAGCAGAGGCAUCCCCAGCCCCCUUCAAAGUCUGGGCCGAGGGUCAUCCCUAGACAUCUUGUCCAACCUGAACUCCACGGCGCUGUUCGGAGACCAGGACGCGGUAAUGAAGGCCAUCCAGGAGGCGAGGAAGAUGAGAGAGCAGAUCCAGCGUGAGCAGCUACAGCACCAUCAUCAGGGCAUGGAGGCCAAACUCUCGGCUCUGUCCGGCCUGGGUCUAAACAACUGCAGGACCGACAAGGAGAGAAGCCAUUUCGAAAGUCUGGGGCAUCAUCUGGGCAAGUUGGGUGAAGAUGGCAAAAGAGUGAUUGACCUGACCAGGCCAGAGGAUCUCGACGGAGGCGCCAGCAGCACCGAAGCCCGGGUGUUCAGAGAAGCGCGAGGACGGAACCCCAACGAGCCACACAUCAAGAGACCCAUGAAUGCCUUCAUGGUGUGGGCCAAAGACGAGCGGCGCAAAAUUCUGCAGGCCUUCCCGGACAUGCACAACUCCAACAUCAGCAAAAUCCUGGGCUCUCGCUGGAAGUCAAUGUCUAACCAGGAGAAACAGCCGUACUAUGAGGAGCAGGCUCGUCUGAGCAAGAUCCACCUGGAGAAAUACCCCAACUACAAGUAUAAGCCUCGGCCCAAGCGCACGUGCAUCAUCGAUGGCAAGAAGCUGCGCAUCGGCGAGUACAAGCAGAUGAUGCGCUCACGGAGGCAGGAGAUGCGCCAGUUCUUCACUGUGGGGCAACAGCCCCAGACUCCGCUCCCCAUCAGCAGCAGCGCCGGCGUGGUCUACCCUGGCGCCAUCAGCAUGACCUCGGACUGCUCGAGCAACUCUGCCAGCCCCGAGCCCGCCGUCCCCGUCAUUCAGAGCACUUUCAGCAUGAAGAUGGAGCCCAACGUGCCGACCGUGGUGCCCAGCGAGGCGGUCAACGGGGAGGACGAAAUGGACAUUUACGAGGAUUUCGAGGAUGACCCCAAAUCGGACUACAGCAGUGAGAACGAGACGCAACAGUCGGUCACUGCCAACUGAGCUGCCUGCAUUCAGAGGAACGAGAAAGUACAGAUGGAGAAGAUUGGAAAUUCUUUAGAAGGACGUCACAGGGAGUGGAAAAGUAACUUGUUUCUGAUAAUAUAUCCCUUAGGAGCCGGCAUGCACGUGGGUCUCCUGCAGCUUCAACAGCUCUUUGGUCUUAAAUGUUUUAUUUUUUUCAAGUGUGAAGCAGUUUGAUUGUGUUUUAUCUUUUGCUUUUUUAUUAUCUUAUUUUAUCUUGUCUUUUUGAUCACGGACGUGUAAGCAAACAAGGGUGUUGCUUGUAAAGUUGAGGGCGGGACUUAAAAAAAAAAAAAGAAACACAAUUAUAGCUCUCACAGUCUUACAUUUUUUGUUAAUUCUUAUAGAAAUACUUUUUUAGAUUACUGUUUUUGAUGGGGUUCUGUAUUUCUCUCAGGUAUGCUGUGCCAGCCAACAGCUUGUGAAUGUUUUUCAUUUGAGCUAUUUAAAAAUCGCAAAACACCGUUCGUAAAUUGUUGAGAAAAGACACAAAACUGCCCCUUAACUUAUU